UCAUCAUGACCUUCAGUACAUGUAAUGUCACAGGUGUUUUCCAAAGUCAGCAAGUCGAGUUAGGCUGCUUUUCACAGCAAUACAGCUUCUUGGUAGAUUUUGAAUCCUCUAAUCUGUAUCAGCAUUUAACUGAUCACAUUUUUCCAUAAAGUCGGAAUUUGAUGUAUUACUGUGCAUUGUUCUGGCUAAAACUUUAAGGCAGGCAUCCAGGCCACCCUUGUCCAUAUCAGUACUGCAGAAAUUCUGUGAUUGUGCAGGAGUCUGCAUGUAAGGGGUUAGUGUUUACAUGAUGUCAAUUUCCUGUUUCUUGCACCACUUCUCUGGAGAUUCCAAAGAACCGAAACCGUGACACACAAUCGCACACUCACAAACAAAGCCUUCCUUAAAUGUUUUAUUUGAGUCAGCUUUAAAGGAAACCUGCAUAUCAGUUGAAGUGAGAAUUCUUCCUGCUGCUGUCCACUUUGGGCGAGAACUACAUUGCUGUUUCAAACUGAGUGAGGGAAUUCCAGUGAAACUGCCUGCUCUCACAACAUGGACCUUAUCUUGGUAUUCCCACUGAUACUUGCACUGAUUUCCUGUGGACAGAGUCACACUGAGGGGACUGAACAAAUGAAUGGUUCAUGUUACAAUUUGUGUCCAGCUGGAUAUCAUAAAGUUGGUAACUGUGAUGAUCAAGUUAAAAAGUACAAAUGCAAGAAAUGUGAGGAUGGCUUCUACACAGACAUAGAAAACUACAUAGAGAAAUGUCUUCGGUGUGACUUGUGUAAUCAUGAUGAGAUUGUACUAAGGCCCUGCUCCUUUAAUAGCAACAUAGUGUGUGCCUGUAAAGAUGGAUACUACAAUUUAGGGUCUGACCAUCUGAGGGAAUGCAUGAAAUGUUCCUGUAGAACAUGUCCAAAGAACGAUGACUACAAAAGGAAGUGUCUGAAGCCGACGAUUGGGACAGACAAAACAUAUCAAUCGUGAUUAGAUUUUGUUUGUGACAGACUGACAAGAGCACAGGACUACAAAUCAAUCAGAAAAUAAUAUAGAAUGCAUAUAUUUACUGCAGUGAUAGCUUACAGUGUAUAUCAGCACCAUCAUCAAAUCUAAACACAGUGUCUGGCUUAUAAAAUGUCCUCAUGUAUGUGUAAACCACAUUGUUAUUACUGAGUUUUGGCAAAAUUGCACAACUGCAUGUGUCAUAAUCACUGUUUGGUUCCAGGGUUUUGAGUUGAAGAUUGAUUUUUUAAAUUUUUGUUUGUAUUUUUAUUUUUAUCUUUAGGGUUUGUUUUGAAUUUACUCUGUUUUGGAUUUUCAGUUAUUUUUUAGUAUUUUGAGUCUCCAGAUCUGGUUAAAUUGUCAGGAUCCCUGGGUUUUCCUUUGUCUAGUUUUCCCCUUUGACUCGUUAUCUUGUAAAUAUUUAUUGUCUGCGUCAUCCAUUGUUCAUCAUCACGCCCUCCCUCACAGACGUGUGCUCCUUGCUGGGAGUUUCCAAAUUCCCUAAAAGUGUGUUUUCCAGUAGUUUGUUUUGAACUUGUUUUAACUGCAGCAAUAGAGAUUCUUCUUUUCUUUCCCAUUUCUCUAGUCCUGGAUUUGGAUCUACAACCUGCUUGUUACACAGCACUACAUUAUAUAACUUUCUUCCUUUCUUUUUAUUUUUAAUGGUUUGUUUCUGC